AUGGCCAGCACGCUGCGCCCUGGCACCGUGGCUGGGACCGCAGAGCCGCCUGCACUGUCAGAGCGCCUCCAAAACCCUGCAGACAUCUCUGUCAUUGUCAUCUAUUUUGUGGCGGUGAUGGCUGUUGGGCUGUGGGCGAUGCUGAAGACCAACAGGGGCUCGGUGGGAGGCUUCUUCUUGGCUGGUCGAGAUGUGGCUUGGUGGCCAGUGGUGACCAUGCCGGAAUAUCUCAAGAAGAGGUUUGGUGGGAAGCGACUCCAGAUCUACCUUUCCGUCCUCUCCCUCUUCAUCUGUAUGGCUUCAAGAAUCUCAGCAGACAUAUUUUCUGGAGCCAUAUUCAUCAUGGCCUUGGGAUUGGACCUUUACCUGGCAAUUUUCAUCCUCUUGGCUAUUACUGCCAUUUAUUCCAUCACUGGGGGCUUGGCCUCAGUGAUUUACACAGACACCCUCCAGACCAUCAUCAUGUUGAUUGGGUCUUUUAUUCUCACGGGUUUUGCAUUUGCCGAAGUUGGAGGUUACGAGAGUUUCAUGGAGAAGUACAUGAAUGCCAUCCCGUCCAUAGUUGAAGGGGACAACCUGACAAUCGACGCCAGGUGCUACACUCCUCAGGUGGACUCCUUCCACCUUUUCCAAGAUCCUGUCUCUGGGGACAUUCCGUGGCCAGGAAUGAUAUUGGGAAUAUUCAUUACAUCUCUGUGGUACUGGUGCACAGAUCAGGUCAUUGUGCAGCGCUGCCUCUGCGGCAAGGACAUGUCUCACGUGAAGGCCGCCUGCAUCACAUGCGCUUAUCUGAAGCUGCUGCCCAUGUUCCUAAUGGUGAUGCCGGGAAUGAUCAGCCACAUUCUGUACACAGAUAAGGUGGCCUGUAUCGUGCCUUCUGAGUGUGUGAAACAGUGCGGCGUUGAAGUUGGCUGCAGUAACUAUGCCUACCCAAUGUUGGUGCUGCAACUGCUGCCAGCAGGGCUGAGAGGCCUGGUGCUGUCGGUCAUGCUGGCCUCCCUCAUGAGCUCCCUGACCUCCAUCUUCAACAGCGCCAGCACCCUCUUCACCAUGGACAUCUACUCCAAGGUGCGGAAGCAGGCGUCGGAGAAAGAGCUUCUGAUAGCAGGACGGAUAUUUUUCCUCGUAGUAACUGUCGUCAGCAUCAUGUGGGUUCCACUAGUACAGGUAUUUCGAAAUGGACAGCUGAUCCACUACUCAGAAUCAAUGGCUAGUUACCUCGGGCCUCCAAUUACAGCUGUCUUCCUGCUGGCUGUCUUCUGUAAAAGAGUCAACGAGCAGGGAGCGUUCUGGGGUCUAAUCAUUGGACUUGUGAUGGGCCUUAGUCGUAUGAUCGCAGAGUUUGCCUACGGAACAGGGAGUUGCUUGGCUGCCAGUGACUGUCCCAAGAUUUUCUGUGGCGUGCACUACCUGUACUUUGCCAUCAUUCUCUUCUUUGGGACCAUACUAGCCGUCCUGGGAAUUUCCCUCUUAACAAAACCCAUUCCUGACUUGUAUCGCUUGUGCUGGGCUCUUCGGGACAGUACAGAGGAACGAAUCGAUUUAGAUGCAGAUGAGAAAAGGCUGGAAGAAUCCCGUGAUGGUGUUGAAGAAGAUUAUCCUGAGCGAUCUCGUGGAUGUCUCAGGAAGGCUUGGGACUUAUUCUGCGGUUUGCAGAAGACAGGACCCAAGCUGACCGAGGAGGAGGAGCAAGCCCUGAGGCAGAAGCUGACUGACACGUCUGAGAGGCCCCUGUGGAAGACCAUAGUGGACGCCAACGCCAUCCUCCUCCUGGCCGUAGUAGUCUUUGCUUAUAGCUAUUUUGCCUGA